AUGUCUGAACAACCAGCUUUCCCCCAUACGUCCUUCCUGUUGCUUUGCAUUCUGGGUAUGACUUUGAUGACAUCCGGCUUCCCUCAGCCUCGACUACCUCUCAGACGUACUGACGACUCAGAGGAACCUAAACGAGACGACUGGGAUGUCCUCUUCCCCUCCAUCUCUCUCCGUGAUUGGAGCAUUCAAAUGAUGUCAGCGCCCAGCCUCGGAGCAGCAGCCGACAGCAAGGCGGGAGUGAUGAGGGAGGCGUGGCUCUUUGCCCCAGAGAGGGCAGCGGCGAGCAUGGAGAGAGCAUGGCCUGCUGAGUGGUCGUCUCAGGGAGCCGGGAUGGUGAAGAGGAACAUGGUGGUGGCUGAUGAUGCCGCCUUCAGAGAGAAGAGUAAGCUGCUCACCUCCAUGGAGAGGCAGAAGUGGCUCAACUCCUACAUGCAGAAACUGUUAGUGGUUAAUUCUUCAUGA